AUAUGCACGUACGAUGGUGAGAUCUAAGUCCAUCUUUAUUAAUCUGCAAGGAAAACAUAUUUGGUUUUUGUUUUCGUUUUUGUUCUUAUGUUUUUCGGCGUCCGCUAUUAGUGUGAUCGAUAAUAUGCAAAUCGCUACCAGUGAUCGCAAACUAAUUAUAGCUUCUAAAUCAACUGUUGAAGCGUCUAGCGAUGGUUUCAUCAAACAAUCGAUCAGCAACCAAACUCAGGUCUCGAUCACACUAGCAGACCACAUUUUUUCCAAGACAUCCCCACGCUCCAACGUUGUUUUCUCACCGCUUUCGAUACAAACUGUCCUAGGCUUAGUAGCAUCCGGUUCUGAUGGUGAAACACUUAACCAGUUGCUCUCUUUUCUCAAAGUUAAUACGUUUGACGAACUCAACGCUCUUUCUUCUCGGCUCGUGUCAUCGAUCAUGGCAGAUGGUAGCUCAAGUGGUGGACCUCGUUUGUCCUUUGUAAGCGGGGUUUGGGCUGAUCAAACAAUUUCUCUUAAAGAUUCUUUUAAGCAUGUUUUGGAGACUGUUUAUAAAGCUGCUUCUAAGCGUGUCGAUUUCGUAAAUAAGACCGAGGAGGUACUCAAAGAAGUGAAUUUGUGGGCUAGAGAGAAAACUGAUGGCCUUAUCAAAGAGAUCCUUCGGCCUGGUAUACUUGCAAACGAAACCGUAAUAAUGUUAGCGAAUGCACUUUAUUUCAAGGGAGUCUGGAAGGAGAAGUUUGAUCGGUUGUUGACAAGAAAAACCGAUUUCCAUCUCCUUGACGGAAGAAAAGUGCAAGUACCCUUUAUGACCACCAUGAAAAAACAACUUGUGGGUGAGUAUGAUGGUUUCAAAGUCAUGGGUCUUCCUUAUGUACACGGAGAAGAUAAACGGCGUUUUUCAAUGUAUAUCUAUCUCCCAGAUGAAAAAGAUGGCCUCCCAUCUUUGAUCCGAAAAAUAAGUUCAGAGGCUGACUUCUUGGAAUCUCAUAUUCCUCACAAAAAGGUACAAGUUGGGGAGGUUUUGAUCCCGAAAUUCAAGAUCUCAUCCGAGUUUGGAGUUUCUGAUAUGUUGAAGGAGUUAGGUGUUGAGUUGCCUUUUAAAGGUGGAGCUAUAACUGAAAUGGAGGAGGAUGAAAAUGUACAUGUUGCAAACAUUCAACAUCAAUCAGUUGUAGAGGUGGAUGAAGAGGGUUCGGAAGCUGCAGCGACUACAUUGACAUUAUUAAAAAAUGCCUUGAGGACUACCGUUGAUUUUGUCGCGGAUCAUCCAUUUUUGUUUACGAUUAGAGAAGAUACGAGUGGAGCAGUGUUGUUUAUGGGACAAGUCAUUGACCCAAGUGUUUCUUGAUCGAGUUGUUCAAAUCUCAAUCAGUGCACAUAAUAAUCGACUUCAAUUCAAACGGUUUAUAAGAUCUUAUGAUUCAUUUGAAAGAGUAA